UCUAUUUAUUUCUAUUUGUACUGAAGCUAUAUUUUUGAACAAAUAUUGGUUAGAAUUUAGAAAUUAGAAUGCCUUCCUCAUCAAACAAUAGUUUGGAGGCGAUUGUAGGGAAUGACAUCAGUGGUCAUAGGAAAGACCGAGAAAGAAGCUGUCGGCGAUUCACCUCAGCCGUCAUCAUCGGGCAUGGCCGCUUCCGCCAUAGACGGCGCAGCAGCGACGGCGCUGCGAUCGGUUCUGCAGCGGGUGCAGGUGGCUGCCGACCGAUGUAGCCGUCAAUCGGAUCGGAUCCGGGUGGUUGCGGUGAGCAAGACCAAGCCAGUUUCUCUUAUCCGCCAAGUUUACGACGUCGGCCACCGCUGUUUCGGCGAGAAUUAUGUCCAAGAAUUCGUAGAGAAAGCUCCGCAGCUUCCUGAGGAUAUAGAGUGGCAUUUCAUUGGGAAUUUGCAGAGCAAUAAAGUUAAGCUGCUUCUGACUGGUCUGCCGAAUCUCGCUAUGGUAGAGACAGUUGAUGACGAAAAGAUUGCAAAUCAGCUCAAUCGAGUAGUUGGAAACAUUGGAAGGAAACCUUUGAAGGUUUUUGUUCAAGUUAAUACAAGCGGAGAAGAAAGUAAAUUUGGGGUUGAGCCAGCGGGGUGUGUGAGCCUUGUCAAACAUGUUACUUCAAGCUGCCCUAACCUUGAAUUCUGCGGCCUAAUGACAAUAGGAAUGCCUGAUUAUACUUCGACGCCUGAGAACUUUAAGACUUUGGCGAGUUGUAGAAGUGAGGUGUGCAAGACAAUUGGAAUAACCGAAGAUCAAUGUGAGCUGUCAAUGGGCAUGUCCGGUGACUUUGAACUUGCAAUUGAAAUGGGAAGUACAAAUGUCAGAAUUGGAUCUACAAUAUUUGGAGCUAGGGACUAUUCAAAGAAGCAAUAGAACAACCCGAGUCCACCGGAGAAGAAUCGUAGUUCUUGCUUAGGCUCCGUUUGGUUGCCUCAUAUCAGCGGAAAAAAUAAUAAGCUUUUAUUAUUUAGAUGAAAUGGAUGUUGUCACAUGCUUUCCUUUGGGAGAAUUCAUUCAUUUCAACCUAUGAUGUUACCAAAUGGGCACCAAAUAACUUUACAAAACCGCAGCCGAUUGAUAACUACGAAGUCACAGCUGUUGAAUAGAGCUUUAUUGAUCGGGUUGUGAAAGGAGUAUAAAAUAAAAUUCAGUUUCGUAAGUCCCCAAUUUUUUUAAAUACAAACUUCAUGUUUAUUAUUGUAAUAUAGUAUGAGAUUGAAGAUCAACAUUACUAUUUUAUUUUUUUGACAUUACAUUCCAAUGUCAUGAUAUAACAUUAGUCCAACUGAUACAUUUAUGGUACCGG